AUGGCCGCUAUCACCCUGUACGACACAGCAAUUGUGCCAAUCAUACGCACGCUCAAGAAUCUGUCGGCAAUUUUGACAAAGAGCGAAACCUUCGCCAACGAGAAGGGAAUCCCGCAUUCGGAACUCCUCGAGGCCCGAAUUUCGCCAGACAUGAACCCUUUGAUCUUCCAAGUCCAAACCGCAUCCAACACGGCCAAAUUCCUAGCCGUGCGUGUUGGCGGCAUAGAAAACCAAUCGUUCGACGACAGCGAGAAGACCUUUGACGAUUUGCAGGCCCGGCUGACCAAGACGAUUGAUUAUCUGAAUGCCAUCAAGCGCGAGGAGUUUGAUGGCAGAGAGAAGCACGAGUUUGUGUUCCGCGACACGCCAUUCACGGGCUUGAGCUAUGUCAAUGGGUUUGCGUUGCCGAACUUCUAUUUCCACGCAGUCACGACUUAUAACAUUUUGAGGUCCAAGGGCGUGCAGAUCGGUAAAUUGGAUUGGCUCGGUGGUGCUUAA